AUGUCUUUUUCCAGUGUUAAUCCCACCUCGCCGGAUCCGGAGAUGUCAAAAAGCGGUUCGGACCGCGAUGACUCUAACGUGGACGCCAUCCAAAUCCCUCAGUCCCGCGCAUACAAGAUCAAGCUGUGGCUGGCAAUCGCCUCUCUGAUCUUUCAGUGGGUGGCCAGCAUGGGCACAUUCCUGUGCAUCGCUCCCAUUAUCGACUUAAUCAACCAAGAUAUUGGGCCAAGAAGCUCCACCGCGUGGGUGGCAUCUGCCUACACUGUGGUCUCGGGUGUGUCGCUCAUCGUUGCUGGAACGUUGUCAGACCUGGUGGGACGGAGGUGGUUCGCCGUCGCCUCCAGUACGGCACCGAUGAUAGCAGGCAUCAUCGGUGGAACGGCCCAAAACAUGUCUGCGGUGAUUGCGAGCACCGCCAUUCUUGGGAUCAAUGGCGGUUUAGUUCUCAAUGUUUUUCCUUGCAUAUCCGAGCUGGUCCCAAAGAAGAGCAGAGGCUAUGUCUUUGGAAUCUUGAAUGCUGCGGCCAUCUUCUGGGUCAUGUGCGGCUCUCUGAUCGGACACGAAAUGGCAAUCCACAGCUCUGUGGGUUGGAGAGGACUGUUUUACAUGACGAUCGCCCUCAACGGUGCCGCCACCCUCUUCACCCUCUUGGUCUACUUUCCCGAUAAGCCCCUGGCCACUAGAAAUAUGUCCAAGAUGGAGAUUGUGAGAGACUUCGAUCGCGUUGGUCUUCUGGGUCUCAUGGUUGGACCGACCCUUUUCUUCAUGGGAAUCAUCUGGAUCAAUGACAACAGCCCUACGAGCCCAAAGUUCCUGGCGCCCUUCCUUAUUGGUAUUGUCUCGAUGAUUGCCCUGGGAUUCUACGAGGUUUAUUGGGCCAAGAAUCCCAUCCUACACCCAGUUCUUUUUCGACAGAUGCGGACUUUCACCAUGCUCAUCGUCAUGACAUUCGUUGGCGGGAUGCUUUUUUACUCCCUGAUCUCAUUCUUUCCUAUUUAUCUUUCGGCCCUCUCAAUGGCGCUGACGGACGCCAAACGGGAAUUGAUGGCAUUCCGUUUGGAGCCGGAACAAACCUCGGGGGCGCUGGCUCCGCCAUCUUGCUGCCUCUAG